AUGUUUGAAAGAGCACUCUGUGAUUUGGGGGCAAGCAUCAACUUACUGCCCCUAUCCUUGGCGAAGAGGCUGCAGAUCAAUGAGAUAAUAUCCACAGAUGUAGUCAUCAGAGUGGCUGACAAGACUCAAAAGCAAGCAAUAGGAGUGGUGGAAAAUGUGUUGUUAAAGGUUGGGAAAUACUUUUUCCCAACAGACUUUGUCAUUCUGGACAUGGAAGAGAGUCAUAUUCACCCAAUCAUAUUGGGAAGACCAUUCCUAGCUAUGGCCAGAGCAUUCAUAGAUGUGGAGAAAGGGGAGCUAAUAUUGAGGAUCCAUGAUGAACGGCUCAGCUUUAAUGUCUUCAAACUCUCACAAGAAGCAGACCAAGAGCACAAGGAACCAAGCAAAGAUCAUAAUGAGAUGCUGAAUGAGGAAGCAAGCACUAAAGCACACCCAACCUAUCUGGAGACCCCUUUGGUUGAUAAACAAGGGAAACAGCAACUACCACAGCUAAAGGAAAAGUUGGAGGAGCCUAAACCUCUAGAGGGAUGUGAAGACAACAUCAAAACCCCCUUAGAGGAAGAAGUCAUCAAGAGCAAGGCAAUAUCAAAAGACACAAGGAAGAAGGUACCAAGGAGGUGGAGGAACAAAAAGAUCCCUACGGAAGACUUUUCUCCAGGGGAUAGAGUGAUCUCAGCUUACUUCCCAGAUAUUCCCCCUAAUCUCCCUACUGUACCAUCCCAGUUACCUAAAGUCUUCACAAUCAACAGAGUUCUUUCCCUGGAACAUAUAGAGAUCAUUGAUACAACCAAUGGAUACAAGUCCACAGCAAGAAGGGAGGACUUCAAGCAUUACCAACCGCCCUAA